CGCUGAUAACAGUUGCUUCCAAGCAUGGCUGCGUCUGUUAUUGUGGACAGGAAAACACAAAUAAGUCAGGCUUGUCAGUCUGGAGAAGAAUUUGCCAGAAUCUACUAUGAGAAAUUUGACAAGCAGCGGCAUCUAAUUUCCAACUUGUAUGAACAGUCUGGAAACGUUGUCUGGAAUGGAAACUAUGUCACUGGAAGAGAAAAUAUUGGAAAGUUUUUUCAAAAUCUCCCAGCUAGUGAAAGUGAUCUUCUUAGCUUAGAUGCUCAGCCAAUUUUAGAUGAAUUUGUUCAAGGGCAGACAACAAUCCUUGUUCAUGCUGCUGGGAAUAUAAAGUUUUCUGGGAAGAACAGGUGCAAGUUUUCCGAGUCCUUCCUGUUGACAGCCAAACAGGGAAAUGAUGGAAGUGUGUGGAGAGUUGUGUCUGACACUUUCAGAUUCCAUGAGCCUCUUCCAACAUGAUGUGGCUUAGGAGUAAAGACCUAAAAAUUCAAAUAUUUUUGUGUUUAAUAUCUAUUGUAUGAAUAUUUUGAAAAUAUAUAGGUGUAUCAGUUCUUUUAUUAAAAAUAAAACUUAAA